AACGUCCGGAAGCGCGCCGUGGCGGACGACGGGAGCGACGGCGAGGACGCCGCGCGCGGGGCGGGGCGAUCCUCCGUCGUCGCGCCCGCGGAGAAGAAGAAGCGCGCGAACGCGAUAGGAGGCACGACCGCGAGGGACGAUAAGGAGAAGCUCCAGGUCUUCACGUUCGCGGGCGACCGCACGCUGCAGCAGCGCGGCGACGGCGGCGCGACCGCGGAGCUUCAGAUCGACACGGAGAAGCACCUGGACGGGCGCGCGAUGCGCGAGAAGGUUCUGAAGACGGCCGCCGAGCGCGCGGAGGGUUUCGUGGACGACAAGCAGUACAAAGGCAGGAACAACUACGUGGACUACCGCGCGGGGUUCAGGCAAGAGCACUCGAUCGCGAGCGAGAAGGGCGCGGGCGCGCACGGCCCGAUGCGCGCGUCCUCGAACGUGCGAAUGACGUUCAUCAUGGAUUACAAACCUGACAUCUGCAAGGAUUACAAGGAGACCGGGUACUGCGGGUACGGCGACGGGUGCAAGUUCAUGCACGAUAGAGGCGAUUACAAGCACGGGUGGCAGCUGGAUAAGGAGUGGGACCAGAAGGAGAAACUUCGGAAAGAGAAGCUCCAGGCGCUCGAAAGGAUGGAACGCGCGUUGGGCGAAGACGGCGAAGCGUUGCGCGGGUCCGACGACGAGUACGACUCCGACGACGACGUCCCGCCGACGUGCGGAAUAUGCGACGAGCCGUGGGAUAAAGUCAGAGACCCGGUCGUCACGAGGUGUAAGCACUACUUUUGCGAGCACUGCGCGCUGAGGCACAACGCGAAGGAGAAGGCGUGCGCGACGUGCGGGAAGCCGACCGGGGGGACGUUCAACACCGCGAAGGAGAUCACGCGGCGCGUGAAGGAG